AUGAAUAAUUCGGGCUGGAGGAACUAUGCAAACCCACCGUGGAACAACAACCAACAGCCAAUGCGGAACAACACACCCUCAGGGUUUCAACAACCACCCCCAACUGAAAAGAAGUCAAACCUUGAGGAGCUGAUGACCAAAUUCAUUCAAACAUCAAAAUCUCGGUUUCAAUCCACCGAGACAGCACUAAGAAAUCAACAAGCCUCUAUCCAUAAUCUAGAAAUUCAGUUGGGUCAAAUUUCUAGACUUCUCUUAGAAAGACCCCAAGGAAGCUUGCCUAGCAAUACUGAGACUAAUCCUAGGGAGCAGGUCAAUGCAAUAACAUUAAGGAGUGGCAGAACAUUACAAGAGAAGGGGAAGCAAGAAACAAAAAAAGAUGCAGUUGAAGAGGAGGAUAAAUGUCAAGAGGAGACUGUGGAAAAGCCCCCUGUAGUGAAAGAAUUCAUACCCCCACUUCCCUACCCAGCAAGAUUGAAGAAAGACAAGGAUGAUGAACAAUUUGGUAAAUUUCUGUCCUUAUUUCGUCAACUUCAUAUUAAUUUACUGUUUGUUGAUGCCUUGGCACAGAUGCCCAAGUACGCCAAAUUUCUAAAGGAUCUACUGUCCAACAAGAAGAAAUUGGAGGAGUUGGCCACAGUAACUCUGAAUGAAGAAUGCUCAGCAAUUCUGCAAAACAAGAUGCUCGAAAAAUUGAAGGAUCCAGGGAGUUUAGGGGAACCUAGGCCAACUAGGAUGAGUAUUCAAUUAGCUGAUAGGUCAAUUAAAUAUCCUAAGGGUAUCAUUGAGGAUGUGCUUGUAAAAGUGGAUAAAUUUAUUUUUCCUGUUGAUUUUGUGAUUCUUGAUAUGGACGAGGACACUGAUGUCCCCUUGAUCUUAGGUCGUCCCUUUUUAGCUACUGCAGGGGCUAUAAUUGAUGUGAGGGAUGGAAAGUUAAUUUUGAGGGAAUUCUUGAUUUCAAACCCAUUGAAAAGAAGCUUAGUUCAUGAUAAAGGAAAAGAUGAUAUGAGCUUGGUAACUUAA